AUGUCUUUCAUAUGGAUCCUAACUUUGUUCCUUACAAUCAUCACUCUCACAAUUGCAAGUAAUCCCAAUGAACAGACACUGACUGGUCCCAACCAACAGCGACCUAUACAUAGAAAGCUCAGCCUGGGAGUCGGUUUCUCGUCCGCUGUUGUUGGCGUUCUAGGAGAACGACACAUAAAUCCUCCAACUUUAAGAAGGCCAGUUAUAGCCUUUCAAAACAGAAUAAACAGAAAAGGAGGGCCAGUUAUACGACCUGAAGUUCCUGGAAUUCAUGUCCCAGCUAAAGACCACAUAGGUAGUGGUAGAAUCCCAAACUUUACAAUUCGACCACCUCAUGGAUUGUAA